GUGAACAAACAUAAUAUACAAACAAAUAUAUCUUGUGUAUGUAUAAACAUUGAUGUUCAAUUUUAUAACAUGAUCUCAAAUAUUUGUAUUGUUCCAAUUAAAAAAUUGAAUAUUUUAAUCAAAACAAGAACUUUGUUCCAUUCAACAUAUUUGUCCUUUCAUGCCCACUGAAUUUUAUGCAUUUCUUUCUCUCUCUCCUAAAUGAUUUUUUGCUCCAUUCUCCACCGUCCAAAUUCAUUGAUUCACAUGCAUAUACUCUCCAUCAAUUCCUUGUCUGUCUGCCCAUCAUAAAUUUGUAAAUAAAUUAAAUACUCCCUGCCCAAUUCUUGAUUCAUUGAAGCUCGUCUUCUCUUUCUUGCUGAUUCUUGAUUCAAAGAUAACAGCUUUUUACCAAAAGUAGAAGAAAAAGAUGCUGCUAAGAAGCUCCUCCACCCCUGUUCUUGGAUCCCUGAUUCCAGAUACCUCCGGCCACCACCACAACCACCACCACCACCCGUCGGAGCUCGCGACGCCGACCCACCAUCCCAAGUUCAAGAAAUUCUUCUUCGGGCCCCGCAAGAUUUCCUGCAAUUCUUCCCCAAGCUCCCCUUCAGUGUCCGAGGUUUCCGGCAAAGGGUUCAGAAAAGUCCUGUCGGAGGGGAACUUGGAAGUUCUGGAGUUCCCCGACCGCGAGCUCAAGCUCGCUCUCCCCGUCAAUGGCGGCCUCGAAACCAUCCCGUCUUUCUCCUACCGCGGCUCGAGAGCUGGAUAUGGACUCGCAGAGAGCGAAGAAGAAGAAGAAGAAGAAGAAGAAAUUGACGGGGCGGGAACGGAGAUGUGCCUUGUGACGGUAAACGGAGCCGGGGACGCCGGCUCGGACUGCGGCGGCGGCGGCGGAUAUAGACCGGUGGACUUUUACAGCGGAGGAGGUGACAGCCAUGGAUUCAACAUGGAGGAUCAUUACAAGAAGAUGUUGGAGGAAAAUCCCAGCAACCCUUUGUUCUUGAGGAAUUAUGCCCAAUUCUUGUAUCAGACAAAAGGAGAUGCAAAAAGAGCAGAAGAAUAUUACUCAAGGGCAAUUUUGGCAGAUCCAAGUGAUGGUGAAGUUCUUUCACAGUAUGCAAAGCUGGUUUGGGAGCUUCACCAUGAUGCUCAAAGAGCCACCACCUAUUUCCAGUGUGCUGUUCAGGCUUCUUCCCAUGACAGCCAUGUUCAUGCUGCAUUUGCCAAGUUCUUAUGGGAGGUUGAUGAUGAUGAUGAAGAUGAAGAAGAUGAGGCAAGUAAUAAAGCCCAUCAGGUGAUGACCACCAUACAACCAGGACCAGUGCCAUCUGCAGCUGCUUGUUAAUGGGGGGAUUGAACCACACCAGGAAAAUUCAUCAUUUUUUUAAAAAAAGAAAAUUAUGAAUAAAAGAUUCUUAGGAGGGCAAGAAACUCUACCUCCAUGA